CCCCACUGCCUCACGAGAGCUUUGCCUUCCUUCUGUCCAUGGUCUCCUGUCAUCUUCAGCUGUUCAAGACAUUCAUCAUCGUCUGCAGAUGCGCUGAAGAGCAGCCAUCCUAUCUGCCUAAUUCGAAAGCAUUAAGCUUAUAUAUAUUUUUUUUGGUUAUACGCGCGGAAAGAUUUUUUUUUGGUGUCUUCUCAAAAUACCCUUUUACAUUUUUUUCCAGUUUUUUUUUUUUAACUCUGUUUUCCCCUCCUUCUUUUUACCUCGGCGCAUUUUCCGAGUCCCGCCAUAAGGCCUUCCGGCGCCUCAUGACAUAAACCUCGAAUCGUGCAAGGCCGUUGGCACUCUGAUCUUAUUUCCAGCCGCCCGUGUAUCAAUAUAAACAUCAACCUCAACUCAACAGGAAGAUUGAAGGCUUCCCAGAGUCUUGGCAUCUGCAUCAAUCCAAGUCGAUUGCGCCGUCAUGUCGCCGUCGUCGACAGGCGAGUCGCCGCCUACGAUAUUAAACGGUCAUUCAGCACCAGCAGUCAGCAACAAUAGAGCGUUUCCUCUACCCUCUCGGGACACGUUCAACAUAGAUAUACCGCCUUCACAGCUGAACACUUCCAACCCUUCAAGCGCCUUGAAGUCGCCUGCAACCGUCAAGAGCCAACGCACUCCGAGCUUCAGUCGCGAUAGCAUUCUCGGAUCCGCCCUCAAGGCCGGAAACUCUCAGAGAGCUGACUUUUCUGGGGACGGUAGGCUAGGAGACCCUAAUGGGCUGCAGAAGGUGUCUAGUGAUGAAGGGUCAAACCCUUUGAAAAGGAGAAACACAGACGCUGGUGUUGACUAUCCGAGGCGACGAGCAACCAUUGCCUGUGAAGUAUGUCGAUCGCGCAAAUCUCGCUGCGAUGGCACCAAACCGAAAUGCAAGCUCUGCCUGGAGCUCGGUGCCGAUUGUGUCUACCGUGAGCCUGGAAUAAAGCUUGAUGCAGGUGACAAACUUAUCUUGGAGCGCCUCAACCGCAUCGAAAGCAUGCUGCAGAUGACUCUGCCACCAAACGGCAUCGGCCUUGGAGGUUCACCGAACCUUAGCAAUGGAACUGGACAUCUCAGCGCGGAUGGAAUCCUAACAGGUGGCCCAUUUCUCUCGGUCAUGCCCAAUGCUGCGUUGAGCCAGUGGGCCACUGCUCCCAACAUCUCGACAAUGCCAAAGGUACACACAAAUGCGGCACUGCAUCUCCUACAGUGGCCCUUGAUACGAGAGCUUGUAUCAAGACCCUACGACCCGCAGAUCUUACUUCAGCUCGAGAUGGCAAGGGAGCCGCUGCACUCCCUCACCAAGACACCUUGCGUCGAUUUGUCCAACACUGCGGCCUAUAUCGAGGCGUACUUCGAGCGCGUCAACGUUUGGUACGCCUGCGUGAAUCCUUAUACUUGGAGGAGUCAUUACCGCAUCGCUUUGUCCAACGGUUUUAGAGAAGGCCCCGAAAGCUGUAUUGUACUCCUGGUAUUGGCACUGGGGCAAGCGAGUUUGAAGGGCAGCAUAUCCCGAAUUGUGCCACAUGAAGACCCGCCGGGUCUGCAGUACUUCACCGCUGCAUGGGCUCUGCUGCCCGGUAUGAUGACAUCCAACAGCGUCCUGGCCGCACAGUCUCAUCUACUUGCUGCCGCCUACCUCUUCUACUUGGUUCGACCUCUUGAGGCGUGGAACCUUCUUUGCACGACCAGCACCAAGCUACAGCUUCUCUUGAUGUCGCCAAGCAGAGUGCCUUCGGAUCAACGAGAACUCACCGAGCGCAUCUACUGGAACUCGUUAUUGUUCGAAAGUGAUCUCCUGGCUGAGCUGGACUUACCCCACUCUGGUGUUGUCCAGUUCGAGGAGAAUGUAGGUCUUCCUGGCGGCUUUGAGGGCGAUGAGAACGAGGCGGUUGGCCGCGAUGACCUAUGGUAUUUUCUCGCCGAGAUUGCGUUGCGAAGGUUGCUCAACCGUGUCAGCAACCUUAUCUAUUCGAAAGAUUCCAUGGCUUCUACGACAAGCCUAGAGCCUGUCGUGGCAGAACUUGAUUUCCAGCUCACACAGUGGUAUGAGAGCCUCCCGCUGCCCUUGCAAUUCCCCUUCACGCGUACCAUGCUCCCGGACCCAGUUCAAACCGUGCUACGACUACGUUUCUUCGCCUGCCGGACAAUCAUAUAUCGUCCCUACAUUCUUGCGGUACUCGACAACGAGCAAGCCGUUUUGGAUCCAGCAGUGAGAGACAGCUGUCACAAGUGUUUGGAGGCUUCGAUCAGACAGUUGGAGCACAUAGCAGCACACCAUGCGGGACACAUCCCCUACCUUUGGCAAGGAGCCUUGUCUAUUGUGUCUCAGACGCUCCUUGUCAUGGGCGCCACUAUGUCACCUUCGCUUUCCAGCAUACUGUCCACCGUGGUUCCCCAUAGGGAAACAUUGGAUCAGAUUCUAAGCGAGGUUAUUAUCGAGAUCGAGCGGUACGCCGUACUCGCGCCUAGUCUUAGCUUGGCUGCGGACAUUCUCAAAGAAGCAGAGGUCAGGAGGCGAGCUUUCCUCAUGAGUGGGUAGGCUUAAUUCGCCCCUCUGCAGCACAUUUAGAACUGGCUCCGCCUCGUUACUUGCCACCGGGGGCGGCUUUGCUCCCCAAGACGAGCAUAGCGCCAAUUUUGCCCCGGGAGUCCCCCGUAAUAUGGCCAAGCCGGACAAUGAACAGGUCCCUGGAGGUGCACUCCGGCUCAUGGAUAAGUCAUACCUUAUCAAGCACGGCUGAGCAUCGGAAAAGAAUUUCCUCCCCGAUAGAAUUACGUCAACCCAAACAUACAUUUUUUUCAAGGAACACUGAUUCGCUAGCAAGCGGUCCGUUCAGGAAUAGUGUAUGGGCGUGAGAUCAGACAAUACGCUUCCUGGUACCUAUAUUUCGGCGAUACUGUUCGUCGGCACCAGCUUUGAUACUUUGCUAAAGUACCUGUCGAUCUGCUACUAUUCCGGACCUCGUCUUUGAAUCGCAUCCAUAUUCGGCCGUAUCGAGGGCUCGGGCUAGCCAAAGCGACUUUAAUCUUCAUAUGUGGCGGCCUCUUUACAUUUGGAUCUGGUGUGGCGCUCAUUGGUACGGUUAAAAGGAUUCGCGGUCCGCCUCGCCGCUCCAAACAGUCUUGAGGUGCGACAACUCGGCCAGAGAUGAUAAAAGUUGCCCAAAAUGGCUGGAAUCACAUCAUACCUUUUGUGUCAAUGCCUCCAAAUUUCCCGUUUGAGCCAUUAAAUGAACCUAUCUUUUGUUCUAUCUGGAGGUUAAUCUUAGCUAUCCGCGCGGCUUUUUUUUCCUUGCUGACGGGUGCCAAGCCUGGUGAUCCAGCCACAAUUACUUUCAAAUGCUGUUUCAUUUUUCUCUUUCCUACUUGAGCAGUUGCAAAUAUUGUGGCUUUGUUCGAAUCUUGGAAAGUAUUCAGCAAUGAAACUUGUUUCUUUUUUCUCUUCUUUCGCUACUUUUUACUAUAUGGGCAGUAUUGGUUGUGUAAGCAUCAAAGUCUCAACACAAGCCUGGCGCAUACUUGGGAUUAUAAUGACUUGCGCUGGCUGUAGUCUGCUCGCACGAACAGAGGAACAUUUUCAAGGUGAUUACGCCUUCGGUUAUGUUUUUUUUUUUUUUUUUUUUUCCCCUCUCUUCUUCUUUUUGACAAUAUACCCA